AUGGAUCCGGCCAGCUUGGUCCUUGCACGAUCAAGGCCUGAAGGGGUACCAAAUUUGUAUCGCGCGCUCGCCGAUUAUGCUAGUUCGAUGCGCGCGAAGGCUGAGCGUCAGCAGUAUCUCAUACCCCCGGAAGAGCAGGCCGUAGUCGAAUUCUUGCUGCAUAUGUCUAAGCUGGGGCAACCAGUCCAAAUGAAGCAUGUUCCUUCGAUAGCUUUUAGCGCAACGCGACACCGGUGCACAGCCAAUCGACCGCGGAAGCCGCCAGGUAAGAAUUGGGCGAAGGGACUUGAAAAACGACAUCCGGAGCUCAGGGCGAAAAGAGUUGCUGCGUUAGGUUGGAACCGUCAUGAGAAGAACAUAUACGAAAAGAUCACA